GGCGACGGUUGAGCCCCUGGUCUCAUGGUGUUCCCUAUGCCUUUCCCCAUCCCCCCCGGGCGUUAGUUAAGUCUCUUAUAAUUAUUAAUAUAUAUUUUUAAAACUUAUUUCUUGCUGAACGCGUCUGAACGCUGUAUGUCUGCCGUCGGAGGCCCAGCCUAGCCGAGCGCGGAGAGGCUCGUCACCAGAAGGUCAGCCCGCUGGGUGCUCCCCUUUUUUUUUUUUUUUUUGGCCGCGAAAACUAUGAAUCGGGCAGAACUACAAAAUGGCCCCCCUUCCUAUGACGGCCCCUCCUGCAGUGAUGGGGGCCGAGGCGGAAGCGGAAAGGCGCAGAAAGGCCCCCAGGGCGCCAAGAGACCCUAUAUAAAUAUAGAUUUAGCCAUUGGGACUUUCAACGUGGGUUCCUUGUCCACUGAUGAGUUAGUAGACACGCUGCUCGAGGAACUAAAAAACAUACACAUUGAUAUACUUGCUAUAAAUGAAACUAGACGUGAAGAAGAGGUUUCAUCUGAAUGGAAGGACGGUUGGCAGGUUCUCCUCGGAGAGGGGAAUGAAGGAGUUGGUGGGGUUGGUUUCAUGGUGGGCCCAAAGGCAACAAGGAACAUAAUUUCAUGGUAUACUUGGUCCUCUCGCCUCGCAGUGCUUACGAUGAGGGUCAGCCGAGAUGCCACCAUGAAAAUCAUUGCUGCUUAUGCACCAAGGUCCAUAGCAGAGGAAGAAGAAGUAGAUAAAUUCUAUGAGGAUCUUGAUAAAAUCCUCCAAAUUGAAUCAGCAUAUACUUUGAUACUUGGUGACUUCAAUGCAAAAGUGGGCACAGGAGAGGAAGGGGAAGAGUAUGUUGGAAGAUAUGGUUCUGGAUCAAGAGAUGAAAGAGGCCGAAGGCUUGUAGAAUAUGCAGAAGCCUCACACCUGUAUAUCAUGAACACUUUUUUCAUGAAGAGAGUAGGAAGGCGCUGGACGUGGUCCCCAGAUGAAGUUGUAAAAGAAGAAGUUGACUAUAUUUUAACAGACAAGAAGCAACUGGUUACAGAUGUGGCAGUCAUUUCAGAAUCAGUCGUCUGUAUGCAGUCAUAUCAUCGAUUGGUUCGGGCAAAAGUUAAAUUAAACACCAAAUUAGAAGAAAGGAUGAAGAUGAAAAGAAGGCACUGUGUACGAUUACAGCAGCUUGAAGAAGAACUGUUUCAACACACUGUGGAAUCCCAAAACUGGGAAAUGAACAGAAAUAGAGACUAUGAUUCUGAAUAUGAACGGCAUUUACUACAAAAGAUUAAUCGAUGUAAAAAAAUCAUCACAAUGAAGAGACCAAAAGAGCCCAGAAACCGCCUUAGCCAAGAAACACUCAAUCUCCUUGCUAAGAGGAGAGACAUGGCAGCUAGGGGUGAUAAGGGCCCAGAAUACAAGGCCAUUUGCAAAACACUAAGGAAGAAGAUGACUGAAGAUUAUGAACAGUAUCGCCAAACUAGACAGCAAAAAGCAGUUGAAGAAAGAACAGUUGGUCAUCAGAGAGGUUGGUGUGAAAACCAGCCAAGAUAUAGUUUCCAAAGAGGAUUUGCAGAGAGAAUUGGAAGGAGGACAGCAAACAGAUGGGAAAUAGAACAUACUGUUCCAGGUCGUCCAGUAACAGCAACUUCCCAAUCAGGAAGUAGUGGAGGCCCAAAGUGGAAGGGAUUCAUUGAACAAAUUAACAAGUCUGUAGAGAACUACCAGCCAUGUCCAAGGGAAAACUGCAGCUGUCACCUUAGUGUCAUGGAGAAGGAUUUGGCCCCCUUCGAAGGAGGCAUCUCUAAAGAGGUGAUAGCCAGUGUGGUUAGCCGGAAAUUAGGGACACACUAUCAGAUUAUCAAGAACGAGUUGUACAGAGAACAUGAUUGCAUGUUUCCUGCAAGGUGUAGCGGUGUAGAACACUUCAUUUUGGAAGUUAUUAAUCAUCUUCCUGACAUGGAGAUGGUGAUCAAUGUGCGGGAUUAUCCUCAGGUUCCUAAGUGGAUGGAACCUAUCAUUCCAGUGUUCUCCUUCAGCAAGACCUCUGAGUACCAUGAUAUCAUGUAUCCUGCAUGGACGUUUUGGGAAGGGGGACCUGCUGUUUGGCCAAUUUAUCCUUCGGGUCUUGGGCGAUGGGAUCUUUUAAGAGAAGAUCUUGCAAGGUCUGCCAAGAAAUGGCCAUGGGAAAAGAAAGUAUCCAGAGGAUACUUCAGAGGAUCUAGGACAAGUCCAGAGCGAGAUCCCCUAAUUCUUCUAUCUCGGGAAAACCCAGGACUCGUUGAUGCAGAGUACACUAAGAAUCAGGCCUGGAAAUCUGAGAAAGAUACUCUUGGAAAACCACCUGCUAAGGAAGUCCCACUUGUGGAUCACUGCAAGUACAAAUAUCUGUUUAAUUUUCGGGGCGUAGCUGCAAGUUUCCGGUUCAAACACCUCUUCCUGUGCGGCUCACUAGUCUUCCACGUAGGUGAGGAAUGGCAGGAAUUCUUCUAUGCACAGCUGAAGCCAUGGGUUCACUACAUCCCAGUCAAUACAGACCUCUCCAAUGUCAGGGAACUCCUACAGUUUGUGAAGGAAAAUGAUGAUCUAGCCCAAGAGAUUGCUGAGAGGGGACGACAAUUUAUCGUCAACCACUUGCAGAUGGAUGACAUUUCCUGUUACUGGAAGAUUUUGUUGACUGAAUAUUCCAAAGCUUUGUCCUACAAAGUGAAGAAAAAGAAAGACUAUAGCAAAAUUUCUCCCAAACCUUUGAAAACAGAACUUUAAGAACUACUGUUA